AUGACUUCUCCAUUUGUUUUGGUGAAGAUUCUAAAACUUUAUCAAAAGGAAUAUUAUGAUGAAUAUGUUUUACCUUUAUUACGUAAGCCAAAAAUAACAUUUGAUAUCAAACUUGAUGACUCGUUUUUGAUAACAGAUAUUAGACGCAGGGCUGAAAAUCAUCAGUAUAAAAACAGUUCUGAAGUAAUUGAGGAUUUAUCACGUGUAAUCCGUUUUGUAGAUUGUGGAAACAAAUAUUUCAUUCAAAAGGACUAUAAUAUCCACGACAAAAUGAAUCAAAUAUCAUUCGUUCUUCAAUCAAACAUGAAAGAGUCACUCAAAAUGAUUAAAUUAUUUAAAGAAGAAGGUAAAACCAUAACAGCAUGGGACGUACUAUUAAAUCAAUUAUCCUCAUUAACCGUUAAGGGUGUUUGCUUUAAAUCUGAUUCCCCAGAUGUUUUCUCAACGUUUCAGGGUUAUAAAUACAACAUUCUUGAAAAGCCUGAUUACUCAAAAAUUGAGAUGUUUAUGAAUUUCAUUAAAGAAGCCAUUUGUGAUAAUAACGAUGAAGUGUAUAAAUACCUUCUCGGCUGGAUUGCAUCAAUGAUUCAACAUCCUGGUAUCAAGAAUGAAACAGCAAUUAUUUUGAAAGGACUUCAGGGAACAGGUAAAAACAGAUUUACAGACAUUAUUUCUGAACUUCUCGCCGGUUAUUCAUGUAAAAACAUUACUGAAAUAAGUGAGCUAACGGGUAAUUUCAAUUCAGUAGUUGAGAAUAAAAUGUUUCUUGUACUUAAUGAACUCAAGAAUGUAGGUGAAGAUAGACUCGCAAACUUCAACGCUUUGAAAUCAAUUAUAACGGAUAAUGAGAUUAGAAUUAAUGAAAAGAAUCAACCCAGAAGAACAGCACAGAAUGUUGCCAAUUUCAUUUUCGUAACUAAUAACGUCUACCCUGUCAAAAUUGAAGUUGGAGACAGAAGAUACGUAGUUUUAAGGGUUAAUGGUAAAUUCAAGGGUCAAUUUGAUUACUUCAAGAAUUUGAUGGAUUCAUGCACAAAGGAAUUUUAUGAUAACCUUUUAACAUAUUUUAUCAAUUACGACCUUUCAUCAUUUAAUGUACGAAUCAUACCGAUGACUGAAGCCAAACAAGAUUUAAUUGAAUUAUCAACAAAUCCUUUAGAUGAAUGGAUAAAUACACAUUAUGAUGAAUUGAGUGCAGGUAUGACAUGUAAAAAUGCUCUAUUCUGCAAACCAUCAGACAUGAAAGACAAGAAUUUCCAAAUGAGCAUUAAGGAUAAAUGUGAUAGGAAACAGAGAAGAAUAGAUGGUAAACAAACAUGGUGUUAUGUUUUGAAAGAAGAAAUGAAAGGAUUAUAUAAACAGGUUGAACCAAACGAUAAUGAGGAUUCAUUUACUGACGAUGAAAUACCUGUAAAUGAGGCAGUAUAA